UGGCCAUGGUAAACUGCUCAAUCUAACGCAAUCACCGGAGCUUAUUACAGCCUGUGUAUCUCACUGGAAUGCUGCUUGAUCCUACAGAUGUCACGGGAAAACAGACAAGCCCAGGAAAGAGCCAAAAGGAAAAACAUGCAACCUCUUAAUCCAUGGAGACAUGGCAUAUAGGUUCCUCACUAGCCGAGUUGUGCCAUCUUCAAACAGGCUAACCAGAAGAUUUCUUUUUAUAUUCACGCUGUCUUUAUCCUUCACAUAUUUAUGCUACAGCCUCAUAUUCUGCUCUGAUACCAUCAUGCAAAACCAGAGUGAUGAACAGCAUAGGUGCCUGCUUUUCCAGAAUGUCGGAAGCAAAAAACUUCUUCAAAAAUCGCAUUAUUGCACUUUGCCCGUGGAUGGGAAAGGGAUCCGGGAUGCCACCUCUAACGUGGGUCUUACUCGCCAGGGAACAAGUCUAGCUCACAACCAAAGUAAAAACUUUGCAGCAUUUCUUACUACCCCGCGGAGUAUCAGCGCGCCAGAUCGGAGGUUGAGUAACAACACAGGCACUCCAAAAUUUGGGAACAAAAAGUUGCCCAAUGCCAUCAUCGUUGGCGUUAAGAAGGGGGGUACUAGAGCUGUGCUGGAAUUCAUCAGGAUCCAUCCGGAUGUGAGGGCGGUUGGUACAGAACCUCAUUUCUUUGACAGAAAUUAUGACAGAGGGUUGGACUGGUACAGAAGCCUCAUGCCACGGACUCUGGACAGCCAGAUCACCAUGGAGAAGACGCCUAGCUACUUUGUGACGCGGGAGGCACCCAGACGCAUCUCCAGCAUGUCCCGGGACACUAAGCUGAUCGUGGUCGUGCGCAACCCUGUCACCAGGGCCAUCUCUGACUACACGCAGACUCUGUCCAAGAAGCCCGAUAUCCCCAGCUUCGAGGCACUAGCCUUCAGAAACAGGAGCCUGGGCCAGGUGGACACCUCCUGGAAUGCGAUCCGCAUAGGAAUGUACAUGCUUCAUCUGGAGAACUGGCUGCAGUACUUCCCGCUCUCUCAGAUCCACUUUGUGAGCGGAGAGAGGCUCAUCACAGACCCCGCCGGAGAGCUCGGCAGGGUGCAGGACUUCUUGGGGCUCAAGCGCAUCGUCACGGACAAGCACUUCUACUUUAACAAAACCAAGGGCUUCCCCUGCCUGAAGAAGCCAGAGAGCAGCAGUUUGCCUCGCUGCCUGGGGAAGUCGAAGGGAAGAACUCAUGUACAGAUCGACCAGGAAGUCAUUGAACAGCUAAGGGACUUCUAUAGGCCAUACAAUAUUAAAUUCUAUGAAAUGGUAGGACAGGACUUCAGGUGGGACUAG